CCUCACCAUCGCACUCAACAUGAGACCCACAGUUGCCCUCCUCGCCAUCUCCUUCCUCACUGCCCCGGCCGUCGCGGACUGGGAGCUAUACACCUCAACCUGCUACGGGUUCUCAGGCUCAUACAGGAUUAGUGGCGCCGCGGUUAACGGCGACCCUUGCUCAGGGGAUGGUGCCAAUUGGGAUAACAGUUACCGUGAGAGGCGGAUGGACUCGCAUAACCCGUGCAACCGAGGGGGCAAGAAAUUCCGCUACGUCCGUGAUGGGUCCGACUAUAAUGUGUACUGGGAGGACAGCCCGAAUAACAAGAUUGGGCGGUGCUUUGAGAAGAUCGAUCCUGAUCGGACAAGAGUGUGCCAUGACGUCCGGCUUUCGUGCAGUUAUUCCCUGAUGUACGAGUGCAAGUCGCCUGCUUGCACUUCGGAAAUGAUGGGUUAGUUAGUCAUAAGGCGAUUCUUCCUCUUUUAGUUCUCUGUGUAUCAGGUUGUGAGGAAUGAAAGUGCGUGUUAAACGCGGACGGCUAGAAAAUGGGCCCUUUGGAAGUUGCCACUUUAUGG